AAAUACAGAUUUUGCGACGAAUACGAUAACAACUAAACGUCACAAAAACUACAUACUGCAAAUCCCCUUAUUACCAAUUCCUAAGUCUCGAUACCAAGAGCGGUUCAGGAUGUAUCCCCGAGACAAGUUUUAUGGUGGUCCAGAUCCAUUUAGAAGAAGACACAAGCCAACCAGAAGUCCUAGGACACGAACAAAGUCUGACAAACAGAAAAACGAUAGAGGGAACACUAGAACUAGAACCUUAAGAAGAAAAGGGGUGCCGAAAUCAGGAAGGAUUCGUGAACAACGUGUAGCUAUCCCACAUCUAAUAUCUGAACAGAAGUCGCAAGUUGUGCUGCCAAUAUUUAAUUUCAGUAAAUAUGAUGUAUUUGGAAUGACAACUGAAACACCAUCGACGCCAGUUACACCGAUCGUAACAGAGAAGAUUGAAGAGUCGAAAAUGGAACCUUCACAUCUAUUAAGUUUCAAGAACUUCAGGCUAAAUUUCUUUUACAACUUACAUUUUCGCAUGUGA